AUGGAGAAUCAAACCACAGUAUCUUACUUUUUGCUUCUGGAAUUCUCAAAAAAUCGGCAUCUACAGCUUUUGCAUUUCUUUUUCUUCCUUGUGUUUUAUCUGGCUGGUGUAACAGCAAAUCUUCUCAUCAUCUCUGCAGUAGCUUUUGAUCAUCGACUACACAGCCCCAUGUACUUAUUUUUAAUGAAUUUGAGUCUACAGGACCUGGGCAUUAUUUCAGUCAUUGUCCCCAAAUCCAUGAUCAAUUCUCUAAUGAACACCAGACACAUCUCUUACUUUGGUUGUGUUACUCAAAACUUUUUCUUUAUAUGCUUUGAAGCUUCUGAUUUGUCCCUUCUGACUGCCAUGGCAUAUGAUCGGUAUGUUGCCAUUUGUAAUCCACUGCACUAUGAGACAGUGAUGAAUUUGAAAGCCUGCACUGAAAUAGUAAUUCUAGUGUGGUUUUCUGGUCUCCUGUAUGGAAUGUUGCAUACUAUUGGCAGUUUUUCCAUUCUGUUUUGUUCUAAUGUGAUCAACCAAUUCUUCUGUGAAAUUCCACAAUUGCUAAAACUAUCCUGCUCUGGCUUAAAUUUACUUGAGGUUGGAAUUAUUAUAGCCGGUAUCAUUGGUGCACUAGGUUGUUUUAGUUUUAUUAUUGUAUCCUACACAGUGAUCUUCAAGGCAGUGUUAAAAAUCCCUUCGGAUCAAGGUAGGCAAAAAGCUUUAUCCACUUGCAUUCCUCAUGUUACAGUAGUGUUUAUGUUUUUAUUAAGUGGAUGCAUUGCCUAUCUGAGACCUCCCUCUAGCACACAAUCUUAUUUAGAUUUUGGGUUGACUGCUCUGUAUUCCCUCCUUCCACCCUUGCUCAAUCCAAUCAUCUAUAGCAUGCGAAAUAAAAAUAUCAAACAUGUCCUUUCUCAACUGUGGAGAUUCUAA